GACUUAAUCAUCAUACUCAUGGUGGAAAUGUGUACAUGACUUGAACUUGAACAUGUUAAUGAAAAUUAUACAAACACUAGAUUUCCAAACCCCUAUUACAGGGUCAUGUUAAAACAUUUUCCUACCUUAAAAACCAAAAAAUAAAACCCAAAUCAUUUUUCACCUAAAUGAAAUGGUCACUCUCAAAGACAACACUUUUACAAAAUGCUUCCUUAUCAUCACUCGCACUUCAUUUCCGCUCACUUCUCCGACAAUGCGCACGCGCCACCGCUCUCCUCCCUGGAAAACAACUUCACGCCGCCGUAACAGUCACUGGCCUCCUCUCUUCACCAAACCUCUUCCUCCGCAAUGCCCUCGUCCAUCUCUAUGCUUCAUGUUCUCUCCCUUACCACGCACGUAAACUGUUCGACGAAAUUCCUCACUCGCACAAAGACUCUGUAGAUUACACCGCUCUUAUCCGUCAAUGUCCCCCCUUCGAAUCCCUGAAGCUGUUUAUCCAAAUGCAUCAAUUGGGUCUUCCCAUUGAUGGGGUUGCCAUGGUUUGUUCCCUCAAUGCUUGUGCAAGACUUGGGGACCCCAAAGUCGGGUCUCAAAUGCAUGUGGAUGUGGUGAAAUUUGGGUUUGAGAAGUUUGACAAAGUGUGCAAUGCUUUGAUGAAUGUGUAUGUUAAGUUUGGGCUUCUGGGUGAGGCUAAAAAGGUGUUUGAAGAGAUUGAAGUUCCUAGUGUUGUGUCUUGGACUGUGUUUUUGGAAGGUUUAGUGAAAUGGGAAAGUGUGGAGAGUGGGAGGGUUGUGUUUGAUGAAAUGCCUGAGAGGAAUGAGGUUGCUUGGACUGUUAUGAUUGUUGGUUAUGUUGGGAAUGGGUUUACAAAAGAAGCUUUUCUGCUUUUGAAAGAAAUGAUUUUUGGGUGUGGGUUUGGGUUGAAUUGUGUUACUUUGUGUUCUGUUUUGUCAGCUUGUUCUCAAUCUGGUGAUGUUUGUAUUGGUAGGUGGAUUCAUGGUUAUGCUGUUAAGGAAAUGGGGUUGGAUUUUGGUGUUAUGGUUGGGACUAGUUUGGUUGAUAUGUAUGCAAAAUGUGGUAGGAUAAAUGCUGCAUUGUUGGUGUUUAAGCACAUGUUAAAGAGGAAUGUAGUGGCUUGGAAUGCUAUGCUUGGUGGAUUGGCAAUGCAUGGAAUGGGGAAAGUUGUGGUGGAUAUGUUUCCUUCCAUGCUGGAAGAAGUGAAACCGGAUGGUGUGACUUUUAUGGCCUUGUUAAUUGCUUGCGAUCAUUCAGGUCUAGUUGAAAAGGGUUGGGAAUAUUUUCGUGAUCUCGAGUCUGUUUAUGGGAUUAAUCCAGAAAUUGAGCAUUAUGCUUGCAUGGUGGGUCUUCUUGGUCGAGCUGGACAUUUAGGUGACGCUGAGAUUUUAGUGAAGAAUAUGCCAAUUCCUCCAAAUGAAGUUGUUUUAGGGUCCCUUCUUGGUUCUUGUUAUGCACAUGGUAAGUUGCAGCUAGGUGAAAAGAUUAUGAGAGAAUUGGUUGAGAUGGAUCCCCUCAACACCGAGUAUCAUAUUGUGCUUUCGAACAUGUAUGCAUUGUCUGGAAAAAUAGACAAGGCGAAUUCACUUAGGCAGAUUCUUAAGAAAAGGGGUAUUAGAAAAGUGCCUGGAAUGAGUUCCAUAUAUGUUGAUGGAAAACUUCAUCAGUUCAUUGCAGGGGAUAAGUCACACUCGAGAACUUCGGAGAUUUACACAAAGUUAGAUGAAAUGAUUCGUAGAUUGAGGUUGGCUGGCUAUGUUCCGAAUACAAGCUGUCAAGUUUUAUUUGGUUGUUCCAAUAGCGAUGAUUGUAGUGAACCAUUGGAGGAGGUAGAACAAGUGUUGUUCAAUCAUAGUGAGAAGCUGGCACUGUGUUUUGGACUAAUGAGCACACCUUCUGGUUCUACCUUACAUAUUUUCAAAAACUUGAGGAUAUGCCAAGACUGUCAUUCUGCUAUUAAGAUUGCCUCUGAUGUAUACAAACGUGAAAUUGUUGUCCGAGAUCGUUAUCGUUUUCAUAGUUUCAAGCAUGGUUCUUGUUCUUGCUCUGACUAUUGGUGAAUGACACUUUUUGAAUUGGGAGAUCAAUGUUUCAUUCAUCAGGGAGGUGCAUCAUCAACACAAAUGUUCUUUUGAAGGGUAUUGUUGAUUUUUCAAAUUGAAUCUUUUGCUACGGUGCUGCCUCUGCGCCUGCCGCAUUUAAACACAGUGAGAGGAGAAAAAAGACAGAGAAUGUGAAGGCGAGGAAGAGUGAGAGAGAAAAAUCAAGAGAGAGAUUGAGAGGCUGUAUAUGGAAAUGUAGAGGAUCUGCCAUAGAGAAUUCAAUAUUCAAAUCCAUGUUUCUUUACACAUAAUUAUUUUGAAAAGGGAUCGUUAUAGUUGUUGAACCGUGCGACAGUUGUGGGGGAUGUUAGAUUUUAAACGAGAAGUUUUCUCUUACUA